UCUCUGAGAGGAGAACAUGGCUGCUCGCUGAACACAGAUUCAGCUUCAUCUCUACAUUCCGCCGUUUAUUCAGAAACAGACACCGCGGACUGACUUUUUCAUUAUUAUUGCAGUGUUAAUUAACAAUGAGAAGCAAAUAAAUAAAGACUUUAAGAAGCAGCGUGUUUGUUUUUGAGUUCCAGGAAGUAGCAGUGACACAAGUGUUGAGUAUAAUGUCCAUUAAAGCGGUCAGGAGGCAGUGUGUUAGUCAGAGGAGAUAGCAGAGUGUCCAGCUCGGUGUUUACACACAGCUGUAAUGACCAUGUCCAUGUUCGGAGAUCUGUUCGAGGAGGAAGAGGAGAGCACAACUAACACCACAACUAACAGCAUCAACCAGGGCAAAGGGAAGGUGUGUGAGCCGCCGCCUCCUCCUCGAGGGAAACUGAAGCUGAUCGGAAUUAGAAAUCAGGGAUCAACAUGUUACCUCAACUCACUACUGCAGACCCUGUUACACACACCUGAGUUCAGAGAGGAGUUGUUCAGAUUGGGACCUGAGGAGCUUGGCAAGCUGGGGGAUAAAGACAAACCUGAUGCUAAGGUGCGUGUGAUUCCUCUGGAGUUGCAGAAUCUGUUUGCUCGGUUGUUACUGUUGGAUGAACAAACAACAACGACUACAGCACUGACCGAGAGCUUUGGCUGGACCAACAGUGAGAAGACAGCUCAGCAGGAUGUUCAGGAGUUGAACAGGAUUUUGUUCAGUGCGUUAGAGUCGUCUCUCAUCGGGACGUCUGGCUCCAGUCUGAUACAGAGGCUCUACCACGGAACCCUGAUCAACACCAUCACCUGCAGCCAGUGCCACAACCUCAGCGAGAGACAGGAGGACUUUCUGGACCUGACGGUGUGUGUUCGGGGUGUGAGCAGCCUGGAGGAGGCGCUGUGGAGCAUGUUUGUGGAGGAGGAAAUGUUUGAGGGAAAUAAUCUGUAUCGCUGCAGUCGCUGUGACCGACUCGUCCAAGCUACCAAGUCUGCUAAACUGAGGAAGCUCCCCCCGUUCCUCACUGUGUCUCUGCUGCGCUUCAGUUUUGACUUUGUGAAGUGUGAGAGGUUUAAAGAGACGAGAAGGUACAGCUUCCCGCUCAGCAUCAACUUGCGGCCAUUUUCUGAACAGUCAGACCAGGCAGACUCGGAGCUGUCCUAUGAGCUCUACUCAGUCAUCAUACACAAAGGUGGAUGUUAUGGAGGACAUUACCAUGCCUACAUCAAGGAUAUUGACCAGCUUGGUCACUGGGAGCUGCCUGAAGACGAUAUGAAACAGAAGAAGCAGAAAGUCCAGGUGAAGCCGGUCAGCGUGAGUGUGUGUGACUCUGCUGUGGAGAAGGACAAUCCUGUGUCUCUGCUAACAGCUGUACUGGCUCAGGAGUCAGGGAGCGUCCUGUUGGAUCAGCUUGGUCAGAAGUUAAUGGAGAAAAUCGGCUGUUCCUGGAAUAAGAAAUACAGGAAGCAGCAUGGACCAAUAAAAAAGUUUCUGCAGUCUAACCCUGACGUGUUUGUGUUGCUGGGGAACGGCUCCCGUGUGGUCCUCAGAAACCCAGCAGAAACACCCGAGCAGGGUGAAGAACCAAAAUCUGUGGCAGAGCGUGUCCAGGAGGAGCUGGAGGCAGGGUCAGACUCUGGUUUGGAAGCGGAGCCUAUGAGCGGGCAGUGGUUUGACCUGAAUGACUCGACGGUGACGGCGAUCAGGGAGAGUGACAUCAUGAAACAGUAUGAGGGAAAAGAGAGCGCGUACAUGCUGUUCUACAGGAAACAUACACUGCAGAGACCACAGCAUGCAGUGGGAAAUCCUGCAUUUGGAGUUCCUGCUCAUCUGCUGCAAAUGGUGCAGGAGGAAAAUGACGAGCUUCAGCAGAGGAGGGCAGAGUUUGAGAUCAGCAGUAACAGUAUCGAUGUCCGGCUCCACUUUGCUUCUCAUUACUGUGUUGAGAAUGGAGCACUAAAGCUCACUGACAAGGACAAGGACACCGUCACCCUGGGCAUUGACCGCAGGAGGACGGUGGGAGACCUGAGACUGGCCAUUUACCAGAUUCAGGAUGCAUGGAAAGGGGACCUGGCACUGACGAUUGCUAAGACCCUGCCAGCAGGACUACACCUGUAUGACACGCUGACAGAUGAUCAGCAGUUAUUGUCCAGUGCUGGAGUGUAUAAUUGCUCUGAUCUGUUUGUUUGGAAUGGGACAGAGGUGAAUGGUGUGUGUGUGCAAUCUGGAGCUGAGUGUGAACCAUUGCUUUUGAACAUCCUGAGGCCAGGUGGGGCGGAGCUGGACUCCGUGGGCGUGGUUGGUGAUCAGUCAGUAGGCGAGGCCUCAGAACCAGAUGCCUCUGGACUUGUGCAUAUGAUGCAGGGGUUUUCGGGCGGGGCCACGUUGGGCGGGGUGCGGGAAGCUCUGAGCCUGCCAGAGGCUCUGGUGUGUCAGCAGGCAAAAGGGGUUGGGCCAGGUGGAGAGGGAGGUGGGGCCAGCAGGUGGAAGGUGUGUUCGCCUGAGGCCAUGAGGAGGACACUGAGAGAACUCACACUCCGGGAUGGAGACACGCUGCUGCUGCUGCCACACACACACCUGAACAACAGUGUCUUCAGCGUUAGUGAAGAUGUGGUCACUGUGAUGACCCCGUCAGACUGUCGCUGGCUGCAGGUGGAGUUUCACACACACACCACACGUGAGGAAGAGGAGGAGAAGAAGGUGAUGAAGAUUCCUGCUGCAGGAAGCACAUUGCUGAGUGAGGUGAAACAGAGAGCGCUGGAAGAGAUGCAGGUGCAGGAGCACUUCACAGGUGGUGUGUGUUGUUUAAGAGAGAGAGACAGAACAGGAAAAUAUUUACCACCAGUCUGUGAAUACCUUAGUGUGCGUGAUGCAGGUAUUAAGUUGAUGACAUCACUGUGCUUGUGUCCUGGACACUCCCCAAAUGCCUCCCAGCUCUUCCUGUUCUUCAGUGUGGCACCACCUACAGCCCCGGAGCUGGAGAUAAUCGUGGAGCAGACAAUAACUGUGAAGGAGUGUUUGAUGGUGAUGCUGCAGAAGGCUGGACUCACCGGAACAUGCUGGCACUUGAGAAGGAUGGAUUGGUGUGAGGAGGUUGGGGAGCCCCUGACAGAUGAAAAUGCCUCUCUUUUGGACGUGGGAGUAGUUAAUGGAGAAACACUUGUGAUUACUGAGGGACAACUUCCUCCAAAGGGGUUUCUGAGAUUGCCAGUGAGCUGGUUUAUGGAUCAGAGUGAUUGUGAGAGAAAUCAAACAACACAAUUACACACUACAGAGCUGCAGUCUGUAGGAUGUGUUGAAAUUUCAGAAGAGGCGUCACUAUACGAGCUCAGGUGUCAGGUGCUGACUUUGCCUGCACUGGUGCAGGUGUGUGUUCCAUCUCCUGAAUUUCUACGUCUUUGGUUGGUGGAGAGGAAAAAACUGAUCAGGAUCCUCAGAGGAAACCAACUCACACUCAGGAAGUUGAAGUUGACUGUGGGAUCUGAGGUUUGUGCGCAGAAGCUGCAGUGUGAGGAGAACCUCGGGCUGAAGGACAUCCUGCUGCGUCUGCAGGUGGGUGUUGCCAAAGAUGAGGUGGGUGUGUCCGAAGAGAGUGCCUAUUUCCCCACCCAUGAGUUUGUGUGGGAGGCUGGGUUAGAUUCCUCCCCUAGGGGGCUGUACCACGCUGUCUCCGCCCACUGUGGAAUCUCACCUGAGAACCUGCUGCUUGCUAAACACCAGCCUGAACAGUGCAGCUGGAUUACUAUCAACUACGGGAUUCAGUCGGUGUCCAAACAAAAGAAGAAAAAACAGAAUAAGAGUAAUGGUAAAGGUGUGAACCUGCAGGGGGCGCCAUACUGCCUCAGAGACGGAGACACUAUAGCAGUGAAGAAUCUGCUGAUUGACAGUAAUCGGGAGUUCAGUACAGGAAAAAAUGAACACGCACUCAGAGAGCAAAGUGAGUACAGCAGAUGCUCAGAGAGGAAAAAGAACAGGAAGGCAGAAGUGGCCUUGUCAAUCAACGUGGGCGUGUUCAGAUAGCCCUGCCCACAACCCAGACCAGGCCCACAAUCAGCUGGGAGCUGCCCACUGGUGCCAUCUCAGAUUCUCAACUGACCAGAGAGCUGCUAAUUCAGUGUGUGUUAUGCCGGGUCAGCGCCAGAGAUAUGGCCUGCCACAGGGUUAUGGACAAUCUGGUUUUUUGGGUGGGUGAUGUCACCUGUUCACACUGUGAUGUAAUGGUAGGACCGCCCCUUUUUGGGGAUUAUGGGUAAAAUUACUGUGUGAUUGUCCACUCUGGUCCACAAAGCAUUAACCUUUAACAAGCUUUAACAGCCAUGACAUCACUGAUGAUGUCACUGAGGAGGCCACCCCUUAGACAGUUUGAACUGUGUGCGUGCGUGUGUGUGUGUGUGUGCGUGCGUGCGCGUGUGUGUGUGUGUGCGUGCGUGUG